AUGCACCUUCCUUCUUCGCCAUCCAUCGAGUAUUUGUCGUAUACCUUACUUUACACCGAUAGACAAGUCCGCUCUAUCCCCCUUGUCAUAAUCACUCUUCCCUUGCUUAUCGUAUCAUCCAUUACACUACUUUUAUUAUUCAAUUACUUCCGUGACGCAUACGGAUAUAAUGACUCAACUCGAAUCCCAGGUCCACUGAUGGCCAGAUUAUCCGACCUAUGGCUCUACAGAGCUGCUACGUCCGGGCGUCGCUCAAUACUCGUGCAUGAGUUGCACAAGCGAUAUGGCCCAUUUGUGCGCAUUGCACCGAAUCAUAUCUCGAUAUCGGAUCCUGAUGCCAUUCGAGAGGUUUAUGCUUACUCUGGGACUUUGAAAUCAGAUUUCUACGAUGCUUUCCGUUCUACGCAUGGCACAAUCUUCUCGACACGCGAUAAGGCUGAUCAUGGCCGACGACGCAAGAUGAUUGCACCAGUUUUCUCCCAGACUAGUAUUGUAGACUUCCAACCGUACCUCCAAACUAUCAUCGCGAGCAUGCUCCAGAAAUGGGACUCACUCUGUGACAAGGCUCCCCAAAAAUCUGAGGAGAUCGUGCAGGAAGUAUACAAGAAGGAUGGUAGAGCAUGGCUCAACUGUGCGGAUUGGUACAAUUUCUUGACAUUCGACAUCAUUGGCGAUCUCGCGUUCGGUUCCCCGUUCGGAAUGAUCGAAGCCGGAUGUGAUCGUGCGCCAUACAUCGAUGUAAAUGACUCAACUCGGAAAGUGCAGUACCUUCCUGCUAUCAAGAUCCUCGAUGAAAGGGAGUUAUGGGCAAGCACUCUUGGUGUGGUUCCGCCUAUCCUUCGAGGCUUGUUCAAAAAGACUCCCUCCUUUUCGGUUGGCAAUGAAGCCGCUAAGAAACUCUACGGUAUGUCUAACGCUGCGGUCACGAAGCGUAUCGAGAAUCCCAAUGAUCGGAAGGACGUUCUCGGAGGGCUACUUCGAGGGCGUGACGUCAAUGGGAAGUCCAUGGAUAAGUGGGAAUUGACUGCGGAGUCUAUCACCCAGAUCAUCGGCGGCAGUGAUACGACGUCCAUUAUCAUUUGUGCCAUUACAUAUCACCUGGCAAUGAACCCUACCAUUCUCCGCAAGCUUCAGGCCGAGUUGGACGAAGCCCUUGGACUUGAAUUUGGGAAAGAUGAUGACGCUCCAUUGGAGGAGUCUGUAGUACCUUAUGACCUCAUCAAGUCGCUGCCUUACCUUGACGCCGUCGUCAACGAAGGUCUUCGCUUACAGUCUGUUGUGGCUGUCGGGUUGCCUCGUGUCGUGCAAGAGGGCGGUUUGGUCGUGAGAGGCAGAUUCUUCAAGCCUGGAAGUAUUCUCAGCGUCCCGAUAUAUUCAGUUCAUCGUGAUGAGACUGUUUGGGGCGCUGAUGUAGAUGGCUUUAGACCUGAAAGGUGGUUCGAAGGCAACACUGAAGCGAUGCAAAAAGCAUUCAUUCCAUUCUCGUGGGGUCCACGGGCAUGCAUCGCGAAGAAUCUGGCGAAAAUGGAGCUGCUACAAGUUGCAGCUACGAUAUUUCGGCGGUACGAUAUUGCUCCGUUGCAUGAGAAUAUGGACUUCAAGAUUCGUGAAGGCUUCGUGAGGAAAAUGUCGAGCUGUUUUAUUGGUAUUAGGAGACGUUAG